UCGAAAGCAUGGGUGAUGAAACGCUGUACAUUGUAUGACAAGAGCAACAACUCUCCGGCAAUACUUGAGAUUGGAGAGGACUCAAAGAGCAAAGAUGCGAGCAAGAAAUCCUACAUGUUAGAGAAUGUCCAGUCGAUACACAUGGGAAUCUUCAAGUCAAAGAGUUUCCAGGUGAUGAUCCACAGCAAAAGUUUCAAGCUUCUCUUCUUGGUUGAAACGGAAGAGGAAGCCGACAGUUGGGUGAAGCAUUUGAAGGAGGUGUCCUUAUGGGAGGAUACAAAGAAGAAGAAAAAGCGGUCUGUGUCACCUGAUGCUCGAUCAAGCGUGACUGAUGACAGUGACUUUGAGAGUUGUGAUAAUUCAGAUAUCUAUGAAUCUUAUGAAGCUGCCUAUUUUGAUGUUGAAGUUAUCAAAUCUGAUGUGUCUGUUCGAUGUAAUUUAUCUGGAAGUUACUCUUUGCUGCUUUCCAAAUCUAGCAUCUCACUACUCAACAAAAACAGACAAAUAACUUAUUAUGAAUGGCCUUACCGAUAUAUCAGGCGUUACGGUAAAACUGCUAAUUCCUUUACAUUUGAAGCUGGUCGGAAAUGUCAAUCGGGUGAAGGUAAUUUCCAGUUUAAAACUACUCCUGGUCAAGGCCCUGUUAUUUUUGAGAAUGUUGCUCUGCUCGUUAGUUUAAUUAAACCCAUUCAUAGUGACGCCUCAGCUCCGAAGAGUCCUGAUGUUAGGAUACUGUGUUAUAAAGAGGAGCUAGAGAGGGUAAUUUCUAACCAGAUUAACCCGAAAUCGAUGUUGAACAAAACUGGUAAGUUAGAGGCUGAAUUUUCUAAUUCUGAUGAAAACGUGCAUGAAUCUGUUCCGAUGCCAUUGAACAAAAACACAACCAGUGCUUAUUCGAAUAUUAACAAAGACGAAAAUGAAUACUCGCUUUUGGAUUUACAAUAUGAAGUGGUUCCGAUUACAAACACAAAAUUUGCGAAGGACGACAAUGACUAUGAGAGCUUUGCCGAAAACACAAAGCCUGACUCAAAUGAAAGCGAAUACGAGUGCUUGACUGUUUCCGCAUCACAGGAUAACAACGCAUUCAAGAUGUACGAUCAUUUGAAUUUCUACAAUAUGUGCAAGGAGGAACCAGAAGCGAAUAAGGAAAAAUUCAAAACAUGGGACUAUGAAACUCUUAAUAAUGUUAAAAAAAAUUCUGAAGAAUUAGAAAGUCAAUAUUCUGAACUGAUGUCAUUUGACAAAUGUUAUUCGGAGCCGAUUAAGGAUUCUAUAGUUGCUGCUCAACAACCUGAGACUGCGCAGAAACCAGAAGUGAAACCAGUGUCUAUCUCGGACUAUCAAGUAUGUCAGUACAAACAAAAUUGAAAAUAAAUAGAUAAAUGAAUAAAAUUACAAAAACAGUAAUACAUAAAUCACUGCAAAAAUAUGAAAAAAAAAAAAAAAGGACAAAGAAAA